AAGGACAUUUGUAUCUUCUUAAGGUUUACUAGGUUUUAUAAGUACUUUAUUAAGAAUUAUUUAAAGAUUACUAUACUACUAACGAAUCUCUUUUAUAGCGACGCUACUAGUACUGUUACACUAAGUUCUAAAGCCCUAAAAGCCUUUUAUAAGUUACGACUAGUCUUUGUAAAGGCCUCUGUCUUACGUUACUAUAACCUUAAACUACUUACGUAUAUAAAAACAGAUAUAUCUACCUAUACUAUUAGUACUGUCUUUUUAUAG